UCCCCACCCUGCGCACGCGGCUGGGGCUCCGAAGGCAGGCGCCGCCUCUGGCGGACCCGCCGGCGUCUCUGCCGAGUGACUGAGGGCUCGGGGUCUGACUGUCUGCCGCUUCUUCCUGAGUGUGCCUGACAGGCGCGCAGCUGUCGGUCUGCCUGAGCCUGCCUGCCUGUCUGCCCGCCCGGCUGGCCAGCCGCCUGUUUCGCUUGACUUCUGUCUGUCCGCGUGGCCGCAGCCCUGAUCUGCUCUCUGUUCACCCCUGGUGCAGCGGAUCGGCCCCUGUCCCGCAGCCUCAGCCUUCUGUUCCCGUGUGACCUCUUUGGGAUGUAACUGAUGGUCGCCUUUGCCUCUGCCUGGCCCGCCUGCCCGGAGCCCACCUGCCAUCCGCGGGGGUGACGGGUCGGGCGCUGUCUGAUCGGUGGCUCGGGGCAGGUUGCAGCUUCCAACCCCAGACCCCUGCCUGUUCUCCCAGACCCCCAUUCCCCUCCCCAUCCCCCCAACACCAAGCCCAGCUGCCACCCCUGGGAGCCCACCGAACUGCCCGGAGCCCAGAGAGAAUGGAUUUCUGAGAAAGAAGUAGAACAGCAGGCUCCGGGAGGCAGCAUGCCGAGUGCCUGGGCUGCGACUUUGCUCCUGCUAAUGCUCCAGGGAGCCUGGGGCUGCUCCAACCUCGUCUGCUACACCGAUUAUGUGGAGACUAUCACCUGCACCCUGGAGACAUGGGCCGGGCACCCCGACUCGCUCACCCUCACCUGGCAUGACACAUAUGAAGAACUGGAGGAUGAGGUCACCUCCUGCAGCCUCCUCCUGUCCACCCACAAUGCCACCCAUGCAGAGUACACGUGCCGCAUGAAUGUGUUCCUCUUCUUGGGUGACGACUUAUUCAACGUGAGCAUGACAGACCCAUCUGGCAACUACUCCCAGGAGUGUCGCAGCUUUUUGCUGGCUGAGAACAUCAAGCCAUCUCCCCCUUUCAACGUGACCGUGAACUUCUCUGGAUAUUAUAACAUCUCUUGGAGUUCCGGUUCCAGUUCCAUUCCCAGGGACCGUGUCUACGCGCUGAAGGAUAAACUUCAGUAUGAGCUGCGGUACAGGAAGGUUGGAGAACCCUGGGCUCUGAGUCCAGGGAGAAAGCUGGUCUCAGAGGAUUCCAGAAGCAUCCUUCUCCUCCCCUUGGAGUUCCACAACGGCACAAGCUACGAGCUGCAGGUGCGGGCAGGGCCCAGCCCUGGUUCCUCCUUCCAGGGGACCUGGAGCGAGUGGAGCGACCCAGUCAUCUUUCACACCCAGCCGGAAGAGAGAAAGGGAGACCUGUACCUUCAGCUGGUUCCCAUCCUGCUCAUCCCGGUCUGCUUCAUCUUGGUCUUCUUCGGCCUGAAGGUCCCUUGGAGGCCGUGGGAAAAGGUGUGGCUGCAGGUGUCUAGCCCAAAGCCCUUCUUCCAGCCCCUGUACGUGGGCCACAGCGGAGACUUCAAGAAAUGGGUGGGCACACCCUUCACUGCCUCCAGCCUGGAGCUGAGACCCUGGGGCCCAGGGGUGCACUUGGCCCUGGAGAUGUGCAGCCCGUGCCCACUGCAGGGUGCAGCCAAGCGGCUGGUGCCCACGGAGCUGCCGGAGCCCGCAGACCUGGUGGAAGCCGACGGGGCGCCUGAGCCGGGCUCCUGGGGCCCAGUGCCCUCCACCGCCGGCAGCUUGGGCAGCUCGGUUUACAGCCAGGAGAAGGACCGGCUGUACGGCCUGGUGUCCAUCGACACAGUGACUGUGGUGGACGCGGAGGGGCUGUGUGCCUGGCCCUGCACCUGUGGGGACGAUGGCUACCCUGCCCUGAACCUGGACAGCGGCCUGGAGCCGGGGCCGGGCACCGAGGACCCGCUCCUGAGCACGGGGGCCACGAUCCUGUCUUGUGGCUGUGUCUCAGCCAGUGGCCCCGUGAGGCCCGGCAGCCUCCUUGACCGGCUAAGGCUGCCCUGUGAGGAUGAGGCGGAUUGGACACCCGGGCCGUCGGACAGCGAGGCGGGCUCGCCCCCGGUCGGCCUGGACAUGAACACAUUUGACAGCGGCUUUGCGGACUCGGACUGCGGCAGCCCGGUGGGGAGUGACUUCAGCAGCCCCAGGGACGAGGAACCCCCCAGGAGCUACCUCCGACAGUGGGUGGUCAUGGCCCCUCCGCCUACGCCGCCAGGGUCCCAGGCCAGCUAGCGAUGCUCCUGAGCCACAAGCCGCGGACGGGGUCCCCAGGGUCUGUGGAGUGACGAGGCCUGCAGCCCUGGUCUCCCCGACGGGUCCCCUGGGCCUGGUGUUCACAGCGUGCAUCUGGGGUUCGGGGACCCCCUGGUGUGGCUGUGUGUGCACGCGUGUGUGUGUGUGUGUGUGGACUGCGUGCCUGGGUGGACAUGGAGCACGCCUGUGGUGAUGCCACGUGUGUGUCUGUGCCGAUGUGAGUUCCCCGUAUGCAUGAAUGUGAGCGGCAUGUGCCUGUGUGCACGUGAGGACAGCCUCCCUCCCUCCCAGGCACAUGGGAGUGGCCCCCGCGACACGUGCCAAGAGGCCAGUCACGCGUUGGGACCAGGGCCCUGCCUGGGGCAGACGAGCCCAGCACCCACUGCCCCCCACCCCCCGGUCCUGCCUCUGGCAGCCGCACAAGGUCCACACUGUUCCCCAUCACCUCGCAGGGGGCAGCAAAGGGGACCAAGCGAGCCCACAGUGACCCUGGGGGCGGGAAGAUUGGGGAUGUGGGGAGACUGGGGGGGCGGGCGAUGGAUGUAGCUCUGAAUCCUGACUCUGACACCUCCUGGCUGUGCCAUCUUCCGCGAGUCACUUCUCCUCUCUGGGCUGGAGUUUCCUGUCUGGACCAUGUGGGUGUCCUGACCUACCCUCUGGAGAAAUCCGAGAGGUUUUGCCCACAUACGGUGUGCAGCCCAGACCCUCAAUAAACAUCUGUUUCCUUC